AUGGCACACUCGCAACUGAUAUGGAACAACGAUCCACGACCAAUUGGUCUGUGCCGAGUUGCUCAUGGGUUCCAUGUCUGGCUGCGGCUCCGCACCGGCAUCACACUCGAGCACACGUACUCGUUACUAAAAGGAAUCACGGAGAACCUAGGAGCUCUGGCCAGCUACUUGACACCUCGUCUUGCUGACUCGGUAGCUGAGUUCUCGAACGACCCGUGGAACCCUGAAACCCCGGAAGGGCCCAUCAGCGUCCACGGCAUGUGA